AUGAGCGAAUCCAUUGAUAAUUUGCAUGCUGAUAACAACAGUCAAGGAAACAACAACAACAGCAAUAGCAACAUUGCUGCUGGCAACAAUGAUGCCGACUCCGAUGUGGAGGUCAUCGAGGGCAUGCAGCUGCUCGAGGGCAACUAUCAGGUGCUCCGACAGUGGGUGCCACCAGCGCCCAACUAUUGGGAUGCUCCGCCCAAAGCGAUCAUCAAGUCCGCCGAAGUGAGGCCCAUCAGCCGCACACCAUUGACGCAGAUAUCGUAUCUGCAGAAGAUCCCCACACUGCCACGCCACUUCUCGCCCAGCCAGGGACAGGGCGGUGUGGGCGGGGUAGGAACAUUGCCUCUGCCCUUGCCGCCACCGCUGGGCAGCUUGGCAAGUGGUCUGCCCAGCAGCUCGUCGGCUGGUGCAUUGUAUGGGGCACAGAAUGCGGGUUGCAUGUUGCCCACAUCGCCGUUGCCGCUGCAACGACAUCAGCAAUACUUGCCGCCGCAUCAUCAGCAGCUGCCAACUGGUGCCACACAGUAUUCGCCCGCUGCCUCCGGUUGCUCCUCCAACUCCAACUCCAACUCCAAGUACUCCAACUCGUCGCUGAAGCAGCUGCCACACGGUCAUCCACAGCAUCCACAACAUCCACAGCAUCAUGGACACCAUCAGCUGUCACCGGCGCUAUCGACACCCUCGCCGCCAUCGCUGCUGCAUCAUCCGGCGGGCUCCUCGUCGGCGGUGCAUGCUCCAUUCCUGGCCGGUCCUCACAUGGAUAUGCAGCGACAAUCGCAUUCGGACGAUGACAGCGGCUGUGCGCUCGAGGAGUACACUUGGGUGCCGCCGGGUCUACGACCAGAUCAGGUACGCUUGUACUUCUCCCAAAUACCCGACGACAAAGUGCCAUACGUCAACAGUCCCGGAGAGCAGUAUCGUGUGCGACAAUUGCUGCAUCAACUGCCGCCGCAUGAUAACGAGGUUCGUUACUGUCACUCACUGACAGAUGAGGAGCGCAAGGAGCUGCGUCUGUUUUCCACACAACGCAAACGUGAUGCACUUGGACGCGGCAAUGUCCGACAACUGAUGAGCGCCCGUCCCUGCGAUGGCUGCGACGAACUGAUUUCCACUGGCGACAUUGCUGUGUUUGCCACGCGCCUGGGACCAAAUGCCAGCUGGCAUCCUGGUUGCUUUACGUGCUGCAUCUGCCGCGAGCUGCUCGUGGAUCUCAUCUACUUUCAUCGCGAUGGACGCAUGUAUUGUGGACGCCAUCAUGCCGAGACGCUUAAGCCGCGCUGCUCCGCCUGCGAUGAGAUUAUUCUGGCAGAUGAGUGCACCGAGGCGGAGGGACGUGCCUGGCACAUGAAUCACUUUGCCUGCCACGAGUGCGACAAGCAGCUGGGCGGACAGCGGUACAUUAUGCGGGAGGGGAAGCCGUAUUGCCUGCUCUGCUUUGACGCCAUGUUCGCCGAGUAUUGCGACUACUGUGGCGAGGCCAUUGGCGUCGAUCAGGGACAGAUGAGCCACGACGGCCAGCACUGGCAUGCCACCGACGAGUGCUUCUCGUGCAACACCUGCCGCUGCUCGCUGCUGGGACGCGCCUUUCUGCCGCGCCGUGGCGCCAUCUAUUGCUCGAUUGCCUGCAGCAAAGGGGAGCCGCCCACGCCCUCGGACAGCUCCGGCACUGGCAUGUACACCACGCCCACGCCGCCCACGCAGCGCGUGCGGCCGCAGCAGACGCGCAUUCCCAGCAGCCACGCCUCCAGCUCACCGCCCAUGUCGCCGCAGCAGCAGCAACAGCAUCAGGCGUGCUUCAACCAGGCCAUGUACCAGCUGCAGAGCCAACAGCUGGCCGCAGGUGUGGCCAGUGAGGCCAAUGUGGCCACCGGCGGUCACCUGGUCACCCAUGUGCAGCAGAGCUAUGCCACCUCCGACUCGGAUGCGGGUGUCGUCAAGGAUCUGGAGCAGGGACGCCUCAAUGCGGUCGGCGACUUCACCGACUUCACUUCCAGCUCGCAGAACUCGCCGGGCGACUUCCAGCCGCACCUGAUGCCAAAGCCCAUGGAAGCCCUGCAGCGUGAUGGCGUCUACAACUUCAACGAGAUGGCGACCAACUUGGAUGCCGCUUGGCCCGCCAAGCCGCCGCUGGGCGCCACGCACCCAAGCUAUCAGUUGCAGCGGCAGCUGCAGCAGGUCUCCAAGAUGGAGAACUGCAUCACCUCCAGCAUGCCGGAGCUGGGCUUGGUUGCGACGCCUCAGCACAUGACGCACUUUGGCCAGACACUGCCUGCCCCGCCGUUGCAUGCCUCUGCGCAGCAGUUUCAUGCCGCACAGCACGAGUAUGCGGACAUUAUGCAUCCGCCGCCAGCGCCAGCGCCAACUGCUGGCAGUGAGAUACCGGAGCUGCCCACGCCCAAUCUGAGUGUGGCAUCCACAGCAUUGCCGCCGGAACUGAUGGGUUCGCCCACGCACUCCGCCGGAGAGCGCUCGCUCAACACGCCGCUGUCCACGCAGUCGGCCACGCAAGCGCCCACGCAUCCCGUGUCCAUUCUCAGCGGCGGCUCCUCCUCCUCGCCCAUGAGCGGUGAGCCGGGCAAGAAGAAGGGCGUGCGCUUUGAAGGCAUUCCCGACACCUUGCCCCGCUCCCGCAGCUACUCGGGCAACGGAGCUGGCACCAGCGGCGGUGAGCGGGAAAGAGAUCGCGAGAGGGAGAGGGACAGAGAUGGAAAUCGACAUGGACAUGGACAUGGACACGGAUCGCGCCGACGUCGACGUCGCAAGUCAUCGAGUCAUCAUCGCAGUGGCAGCGGUCACCGCUCCCACUCCACAACCAGAGCGGACACCUAUGCGCCGGCCCAGCCACUGUCCUCCUCCUACCAGGCAACUCCAGCGGUGCUGCAGGUCGAGAACGAGGUCAUGACCUCGCCACACAAGUCGCCGCGGCACCAGCGUGAACGGGAACGAGAUCGGGAGCGGGAACGCGAUGAGUCUGAGGAGUCGGAUGUGUGCUCCACAUGCUCCUCAAGCUCGUCCAGCUCCGAGGACUACAUGAUGAUGUACCAGCUGCCGCAGAGGCGACACUACGGCGGUGUUCGGGUCAGCUAUGUGCCCAACGAUGCCCUCGCCUACGAUCGCAAGCGAAAGCCGUCGGAACUCGCCAGCGACAAGGACAAGAACUGCAUAAUCUCGUGAUGCACGCCGGCGGCCAUUUUAAUUAGCGCUGAUUGCGGCACUUCCACUCCUCCAACCACCUCCAACUUCAGGUCGUUAAUAAAUGAGGUGCGCCGUGGGCGCUGAAAUCAGCAGCAGAUGCUAACGAAGCAGCCACCAGGUGGUCAUCAAUUAUUAAAGCACAAGGAUACAGAUGCAGAUACA